AUGGAGCGGGCUGAACUCGACAGGGCCUUGGACGACCGGACCCUGGACUUCCUGGUGGGGGCAGCCUCGCUGGCCAGGCGAUUGUCCCAACGCGACGUGGACGGGCUGGACUUCGGGGGACUGGGAAACGGCACCACCCUGGACGAGUUGGUCGGCUUGCUCUUGCUCUACCACCGCCACCUCCACCGUCGUCAUGACAUCUAA